CCUCAGCGGGUUGGGUCAGUAAUUUAGUCUUGUUGCUUCUUAGUGGAGACCGGCCGAUCACGGGUUUUGACUGUCCCGUCUGCUCAAGCAAACGUGCUUGACACACAGUAGCGAGGUUCGGUCUUUGGAUUUAACAAUACCCGGUGUGUUAUAACUACCGCGGUAUGUGCCUGAGGAAGAGAUGGUGUCCAGUCCUGCGGUGAUUCUGCUCUUGAUUAACGUGUUUUUUGUCUCAUCAUGUGUCGGUAGUCCUGUUCGGAAAUGCUCUGGCGACGUGUGUUCGGAGCGGCCGCCUGUAGUUCUGAUCCCGGGUGACCUGGGAAACCAGCUGGAGGCCAAGCUGGACAAGCCCAGUGUGGUGCACUAUGUCUGCUACAAGAAGACGGAGGACUACUUCACUCUCUGGCUGAACCUGGAGCUUCUUGUCCCUUUCGCCAUCGACUGCUGGAUUGACAACAUACGGCUGAUCUACAACCGAACCAGCAACAGGACAGAAGCCCCCCCCGGAGUGGAUGUCCGGGUGCCGGGGUUUGGGCAGACCUAUCCGCUGGAGUACCUGGACCCCAGCAAACACGCUCUGGGCAUGUACUUCUACACAAUCGUGCAGUCGCUGGUGGGCUGGGGAUACACUCGGGACUACGACGUGCGCGGCGCCCCGUAUGACUGGAGGAAGGCUCCCAAUGAGAACCAGGACUACUUUGUCGCCCUGAAGAAGAUGAUCGAGGAGAUGGCGGAGCACUUCGGAGGCCCAGUGGUCCUGAUUGCUCACAGCAUGGGCAACAUGUACACCCUCUACUUCCUCAACCAGCAGCCGCAGGCCUGGAAGGACCGGUACAUCAAGGCCUACGUGGCGCUGGGGCCGCCCUGGGGAGGGGUGGCCAAGACCCUGCGCGUGGUGGCCACAGGAGACAACAACCGGAUUCCGGUGAUCAGCCCCCUAAAGAUCCGGGCUCAGCAGCGCUCGGCCGUCUCCACCAACUGGCUGCUGCCCUACAGCCACACCUGGCCCUCGGACAAGGUGUUCGUGACCACUCCCGCCACCAACUACACCCUGCGGGACUACCAGCGCUUCUACCGCGACCUGGACUUCGAGGACGGCUGGCGGAUGCGGCAGGAGACGGAGCCGCUGGUGAGCGGCCUGGACCCCCCGGGGGUGGCCCUGCACUGCCUGUACGGCAGCGGCGUGGACACGCCCGAGUCCUUCGUCUACGCGGACUUCCCCGACAGGGAGCCCAAGGUGCUGUUCGGGGACGGCGACGGCACCGUCAACCUGCUCAGCGCCACGCAGUGCCGGCGCUGGGUGGGGCGCCAAAAACAGCCCGUGGAGCUGCAGGAGCUGAGGGGCAACGAGCACAUCGCUAUGCUCCAGAACGAGACCACGGUCAGCUACAUCAAGAAGGUGCUCUUCUCGCCCUGAGGGCCCGGUGUCAGACCAGCACUGACGCCCGGCCAGGUCAAACCAUCUGUCACGGUGAAGCGCAAACAGCCGUGUGUUCUCCAGUGCCUCCGGUACAUCGUUCCUCAAACGAUGCCUCUUUCCAAGCCCGUAGUUGCCAAGGCCUGUUUUGAUGCUUUUUGUAUUCGAUUCCAUUUGUCGGAUUUACAGAUUUCCCUGUACGUCGACGCAGACGCGCCUCAGCACAGCUAACUUUGCCAAAUCUCUGUCAUGCCACGACUUCCACGCCUCAAGAAGCUGAAGACGCAUCUCCAGCUGUAACAGGGUGAAGCACAGGGGGGGUGAAACUAUGUUGUGUGUGUUUCGGGUUGCAAAUUUAAUCGCAGAUGAAGCCAUUCUCUCUAGAGUGUCAUUUCAGCACAGAAGGUGUUUGAGCUGCAGUCCCACAAAGCUACAGAAGAUUAAACUGCGGUAUUGGACAUUUUAGCACAUGAUAUUUUGGAGAUCUGAUGCAAUCUGUUGGUGGACAUUAUCAAAUUUUCAGCAGAAAAGCAACAAAAAAAAAAGUUUUUAAGGAAUUUCCUUUACAGAGGAACACUCCGAGUGAGCUCCAAGCAUUGUUUCUCCUUUUCCUCAUUUACUAAUCCAGUGCCGAGACUCUUACCUGCGCUUUUGACUAAAUUAUACAAAGUGUUUGGUUCAUCCAAUUUCUUCUCUCUUGUUUUUUUUUUUCCUACCUUUCCUUAUACGGGAAAUCGUUAGUCGAGUGCGCUGGCGGCACAGUCUGCGGCGGGGUUGUCGGUUCGGUGAUGUUGGUGAAAACUCUGUGUCUAAGGGGUCUGUGAGGAGUCGCAUCAGGCCCGCCAGUGGUGAGCGCUCCUUUCUUCCCAGAAGGCACUGUGGCAGCUGCGGUGUCCUGAGAUGUCAUUCCUCCACCGAGCACUUGGCAUUCACAUUCAAACAAUGCUGUUGCCCUGGGUGAUUUUCUGCACUUUUUAAAUAUCCACUGCCAAUUUCUGACCACACUUCUUCUGAGUGUUCGCACUUGAACUCUUGUCACGUACUGCUGGGGGUGGGAUCUGUGUGCCUUUCUGCAGUGCUUCAAUUACAGCCCCACUAGCCAUGCAGUGAUGUACAUUUAUAAAUACACAAUAAUUUAUUAUCUUUUCACAGCCUAGAGAGAGUGUUGCACUUUAAUGCCACUGUGCAGAAUUUGAUUUUAUUUCUGUCUUUAUUUCCCUGUUUGAAUAAGUCCAAGUAGUGCAUCUAACAUGCACUAGAGUUCACCCAUGUCAAGCAAUUAGCUUUUUACACAUUCAUUCUGCUGCAAUGAUACUUUUCUGUUUUGCAAAGGUCUUUCCACUGAACCUUUUUCUACUUUCUUAUCUAGUAAAAAGGAGUGACAGGGCUUUUGUUGCCUCUGUGUUGGUUUUUAAUUUUUAUUCUCUGCACCUUUUCACAUUGAACAAAUUUCUUUAUUAAUGUGUAUAAACUGUUGAUCAUAGUCAAAUUCAACUAAUUGUGCUGUGUGGCUUGAAUGCUCUAGAUUAAUGUGGAGAGGUUACUCAUUUGAAGUGGUUAAAAGCACCCUUGUUACCACCAAUUUAGAAAAACAAAUGGUUUAAUACAAGAGAAUCCCUUAACUUUUUCUUUUAUGAAAUACAAUGAGAAUGAUCUCUAGCUAUUGUGCAAAAAUACCAGAAUUCUGUUUGGUAUUACUGUGCUCAGGACACUACUAAAUGAAAAAUGUAUGUGAUGAUUUUAUGCCAUAGCAAUAUGUCAGUUAUAUUUUAAUUAUUGACACGAGAUGCUCCAAAUUAGUUUUUAAACUAUCCUUAAUCGUGUCCUGUUCCACUCCCAAUUGCUUUCUAGAGGCUUGUAACCAAUUUUUGCUGCAUAUACAGGAGGUUGUCAAGGGGAAUUUAAAAAUGUAUGUUUUUCGUUCAUGGCCACUUUUGGAACCUCAGUAAUGAGUGAUGUAGCCUCCCCGUAGGUGAAAAUGACCUGGAUUCAAAUCGGCUGCCAUGAGUGGCUCACCCAGUCCAGUCCGGCACCAUGGGUGUUGGGGAACAUGUCUGAAAAAGCCCUAGAAAGCGGAUCAGACUCUCUGCAGAUGUUUCAUCUUUGCAGUCUGGGAGCACUUCCCCUCUCUGAUGUUUAUUUCAGGAUAUGUGUGCUUUUUACUUUCUCACCGUAAAAGGCUGUAGCAAGUUCUGGAUUCCAGCGAGAGAAGAUAUAUCUUAUCCCAUUUGCAGGGUCAUGAAAAAACCUGCAACUAACUUCGCACAUUGCAGAGAUCCGAGUGCUUACAGUGGUCACGUAGACAAGAGAUCCUGUAGGUGGCUCCAUCGCAUCGGAUUACAGCUCUAGAAGCUACAACACCAGUAGCAAAAACUGUACAGAGAGUACUGUGUGUAAUAUACAGAGCUUCAGUUUGUCUGUAGUUGUUCAGUUCUGCAUUAGACUACUGCUGUUGGAAAGGAUUUGGAAGCAAAAGUCUCCCUUUUGUAGUAUGCAUGUUCAGGGCUCUUGUUUCACCCUCUCCAGUUUCAUUGACAUACAGUAGCUUGUGUAAACGAGCUCAUCAUUUAAGAAAUCUCAGCAGUCAUCUUUUGCUUUUAGACCCUUGUUUUUGCGUCAGCGAGGCUGUAUUUUGGAUUAUAAUGUAGACUGUACAGUAUUUAAGCGUUUACUCUACUAGACAGCUUUUCUUGGUGGUUGUAAAGAUGUUCUUACCUUUAUUCACUGUGCCCUAGAUAUGUCUGUUACAUGGAAGGGAUAACUGUGUCAAAAUGGCAGUUAUUUCCACUCCACUGCGAUAUAAUUGCUGUACUGUUCACAGACCAUGUGCCUUGUCUAUUUUUUCACAUCUUUUGUAACAACAUAAAGCUGUCUUUACUAGGGGUAUUGAGCUUUUUUUUCCCCUCUUUGUUGGGCUAAGUGCAAUGCCAGAUGUGCUGUAAUCAGGACAGAUGUUUCCUUUACAAUAUUAAACUGGUAUGAAUUCAGAACUC